GGGGGCCGCGCGGUGUCUUCCAUUGGCUUGGACGAUGAUGCGAGUGGCUCCAGACAUUUUCCUGCGGAUCGCAUAAUCUAAAACGGAUUAAAGGCAGCGCCUUGUAAUCAUGUCAGGGUCUGCAGCUCGUCACUGAUAUUCUGUCCAAUACACCCCACUGCUGCUGGAUAACACUAUAGAAGCUGUGCCCGGUCAUUAUCCCGUCCCGGAAUCCUGCACGGGCCUACUUUGUUUAUAAUCGUUCGUUUGCUUUUCAUUUAAAAUCAAGUUUGGGGGGGGGGUGGGAAAUAAACUCGAAGUUUGGACAUUCAUCGUGUGCAAAAGAUGGCGGAUACCAAAUCCAUUUACGAGAGAAGAUUUGAAGCUGCUGUCAGUGUUAUUCAGAGUUUGCCUAAAAACGGUUCAUUCCAACCAUCAAAUGAGCUCAUGCUGAAGUUUUACAGUUAUUACAAGCAAGCAACCUUGGGGCCCUGCAACACUGCCAGGCCUGGGUUCUGGGAUCCUAUUGGCAAGUACAAAUGGGAUGCUUGGAAUUCCCUGGGAGACAUGUCCAAGGAAGAAGCCAUGAUUGCUUAUGUUGAUGAAAUGAAAAAGAUACUUGAGUCUAUGCCGAUGACUGAGGAAGUAGAGAAACUACUUUGUGUUAUUGGACCUUUCUAUGAACUUGUGGAUGACAAAAAACAAUCAAUAUCCCCAUAUGCAAUCUCAUCAGAUCUUGGCAAUGUUCUCAGUUCACCUAUAAAUUGUAAUAAAAUGAAUGGAAAAGUUGAAGGCAAUGAUAGUGGUGCAGAAUCGGAACAGGGGGAAGAUGAUGAAGAUGCAACAGAUAAUGACCUUGAUGAUGAUAAAGUAGAGGCAAAUGAAGUAGAGAAACUGAGAACCAUAACACAGGAACCAGCAGAUGUGAAAUUAGAAGACGUGAAACCAGAAUCUGUAAUCUUCCAAAACACAGAGCUACCAAACACUUGUGUCCACAAUGGGCUUUUGGAUCCCCAGUUUGCUCUAAAACCAGGGGAUGGAGAAAAAGAAAAGGAUAUAAUGGUCCAUAAUGUACAACAGCCUGCAAUGAAUGGUGAAAUAGAUGGUGUGGAAAACCAAUACGAUGAGCAUUCAGGAGCUCAGCACCUUGCAAGUGAUUCAGAUAGUGAGGUUUAUUGUGAUUCAAUGGAACAGCUGGGAUUUGAUGAGAUUUUGGGAGCUGACUGCACUGUCAGUGACAAUUUUAACAGUUCUCAGAUGAUCUCAGAGUUUGAACACAGUCAGCUGUUAAACAACCACAGUAGUUGCAAAACAGAGUUGGAAUGUUCCAUAAAAUCUCAUAGGAAUGCUGGAACAAUAAGGCCACAGGAUUUGGGAAAAGGUGGUGUUACCCAUGGGGGUGAAGAGACAAAAUCAGGUGGAAGUGAUCCUCAGAAAGACAAAGUAAUCAGCAAAAGACCCGAGUUUCAUAUGCCCAGCAGAGGCCGAGGUAACAGGACUCAACAAUCUGGGGAGGUUUUUCAGCUUCCACAGCUGGGAAAUGGUGGUGACAAGGAGCGAAGAGGGUCAGAGCAAAAACAGAAAGGGAAUGUAAAUGAACAGAUUGCAGUAGCGGUCAUCAGGUUGCAGGAUGAUAUGCAGAGUGUGUUGGAACGGCUUCAUAUUUUGGAAGCAGCAGCCGCUACUCGGGCCAAGUCAGAAAAUGCCCAGCCAGAUUCUGCCCAUUGUGUAGAUAUUAAGGGUUCAUCAUGGUGGCCCUUUGAUGUGUCUGGCCGUACUAUAGCAUUUGCAGUUCUUUGGCCUUUUAUAGUGCAGCUCUUGGUACACUUUUAUUUUCAGAGGAAGAGAAAACUGAAAUAGGCAUUCACCUGGGAUUGCAAAGAUGCUCUUUAACACUACAGACUUGUGGAAUUGGACAAAAUAAGUGGUCUGUCAAGAUGGUUUCAUUUAUGCAUUCAGCAGUAUUUAGUCUUCAUUUUGUUUUAAUACUACCACGAAUGCAUACUAUACAUAACCAAAAUCUUUGGUACUACUGUUACUUGAACCAAAUAAUUACAUUCAUUGUGGAUGAAUUUAUUAAUUGUUGUAUUUUGAUUUUUAAUUCACGUUAGGUAACACUUUGCUGGCAUGCUAAACACUAUCUGACUGUCUAACUGCUUGAGGUAUAAUUAAAAUGGAUUUUAGGUGGAAAAUUAUAAAUUGAUUUUCUUCCCUUUUCCAAUAUUUGUAGCUGAAAGUCGGUUGGUAAGAAAAAAAUGUUGCAUUUUACAGUACCUCAACCAAUUUCAUGAUCAAUGUGAUUAAGGAGAUAAUGCAAAGUCAUUGAAGAACUGCGCGUGAUCUCAGUGGCUAGGUCGAUAUUCCCUCAACCACUGCUUCCAAAAAUUUUUCUGGUCCCUUCAAUUGGCAUUAGUGAGAUGUAUGAUAUGCACACAUUGGUCAGCAUGUUUGUCAGCAUAACAGCCACUGUAUUCAUAAUAAUCCAUUGCUUAUAAAGCAACUUUAGACAUCCUGAGAUGUGAUCAGACAAUGUGUAAAUGCAAGUACUUUUUUUCCUUUGUAUUGAUCAGUUAAUCUCAGGUCAAAAACAGCUGCCAGACAAGCAGUAAUGUUGAUCUAGAAUUUUUGUGAUUGGGCAGAGUAGUUUGAUCCAUUGAUCAGUUUGUUUCAGUGAUAUGUUGGAUCUGUCUUUUGGCAAAUGUUUUGAUUUUAACAAAAAGCCAUAAGUGGUAAACAUAGAAAAUGUUUUAUGACAGCAAAAUUUAAUUAUGUGAUUGGAGACAUACUGAGAAGAUAGUGUUUACAUGUCCUCUCUAAUGCACAUACCUUUAUUUUGUCAACUGUGAAGUCUAUUCAUAUCAUUGCUGUUAAUAGUUGUACAAAUUAUAGACUAUGAAACCAAGUGCAAUAUUUUUCAAUUGCAUUAUGUUAAAAUUGCAAAUUGUAGAAAAGUUAUCUAACAGAAAUUUAGUACUUAUUUUAAAAUGACUUGCGAUAACCAAUUUAUUAAAGCACACUUAAUAUUGAAAGCAUUUUUAUGAUUAUUAGAGUUCUGCCAAAAUCUUGGGACCCUGUUUAAGAUAACCAACAAGCAUGAAAAAGUCAUAGUUAUAGCUUGAAGCACAAUAAAGAAUAUUUUUAUCAUGAGCCACAAAUUUGCUGGAAAUGCUGUAUUUUUUUUUGACACUUCCAUAUAGGGUUUUGCUCUUUAAGAUAACUUCUUAGCCUGUUGUACCAGUUAUGGAAACAUUCAGCUUUUCUAACAUAAUUAGUGUGAUGAAAUAACUUUAAUCACCAUGCAAA